UUUUUGGGAUUCACCUCCCCUUGUUUCUAAGCAAAUGUCUCUCAAGAUAAUUUCGUUGGUUAUAAUUUUAGUAAAUCCAUUUAAUAAUACAAGAAAAGAAAAAAAGAGUAACACACAGUCAAAGUUCCUCUGUUUUAGCUGUCCUCUGUCUCGUUCUCAUCUCUCACAUGAACCAUAACUUUCUCUAACAUCACUCUCCUUUACACAACCCUAAAAAUAGACCUCUCCCUCUCUCUCUUCUUCUCCUUCUCUCCGCUACAUUCUUCGCUCACCUCCCAAAAAGUCUCUUCCUUUUUUUCAUUUAUUUACAGUUCUAACCUUCUCUGUUUUUUCCCCAAUGGAACGGCUAACCUCGGAGCUUUUCCUCGUCGCCGGUAACACUGACUCUUUCGUCGUCGACGACCUCCUUGACUUUUCUAACGACGACGGUGAAAUUGACGACGGCUUUGACACUCUUCCCGAUUCUUCCGCCCUCUCCACCGGCACUCUCACCGACAGUUCCAACUCCUCCUCGCUUUUCACCGACGGCACUGGCUUUUCCGACCUCUGUGUUCCGAGAGACGACAUAGCUGAAUUAGAAUGGCUAUCAAAUUUUGUGGAAGAAUCAUUCUCAGGAGAAGUCCAAGACAAGCUUCACUUAUUAUCCGGUUUAAAAAACCCUCAAACCACCGGGUCGACCCUGACCCACCUGAUUAAACCCGAACCCGAACCCGAUUUUGAUCAAUUCAUCGACAUAGAUGAAUCCAACGUCGCUGUUCCGGCCAAAGCGAGAAGCAAGAGAUCACGCUCUGCAGCCUCCACGUGGGCUUCCCGCCUUUUAUCCCUAGCCGACUCCAACGAAACCAAUCCCAAGAAGAAACAACGAAGAGUUAAAGAACAAGACUUCGCCGCAGAUAUGGACGUAGACUGCGGAGAAACUGGAGGAGGACGACGUUGUCUGCACUGCGCGACGGAGAAGACGCCGCAAUGGAGGACGGGACCGAUGGGUCCGAAGACGCUGUGCAACGCUUGCGGAGUAAGGUACAAAUCAGGGAGGCUCGUGCCGGAGUAUAGACCGGCGUCGAGCCCUACGUUCGUGAUGGCGAGACACUCGAACUCUCACAGGAAAGUGAUGGAGCUCCGGCGACAAAAGGAGAUGAGAGACGAGCAUUUGCUGAGUCAGCUUAGGUGUGAGAAUCUACUGAUGGAUAUCAGAUCCAACGGUGAAGAUUUAGUAAUGCAUAAUAAUAAUAACCACGUUGCUCCUGAUUUUAGACACUUAAUCUAGCUUCCUGUUUCCACGUGGAUAAUUUCGCAAUAAUUUGUUCUUUUCGUUUAGCUUUUUUUUUUUUUUUUUUUUUUUAACAUCUUAAUUGUUUUUCAUUUUCUGCAGACUACUACUACUAGUACUAUUGAUAUAUUUGAUAACUUUUGUUUUGGUCUUCGACUUCCCAAAUUUUAAAUUAGAAAGGUUGUAAAACAAUUGUAGGCAGGGUAGAAACGAGUUAAUUAAUCACGAUGUACGUAUCAAUCUG